UCAGCUGGUCACAUUUAGUUAUGAAUCAUUAAUAUUGAUAAAAAUGAGAUGGUUAGUUGUUAAAAAUGAUUUGGAGUUUUACUUAUAUUUAUUUGAAUUUCCUGUUUUUGGUUUGUGAAGGCUUAUUUUUCUGGAAACACAACAAAACAAAAAUCGAACACCCUGUUCUCAACGCCACACAGACUACAGAAUUACCUGGACAUGAUGACUUUGACCCAGUAAAAGCAGAAGCUGGUGCUAUUGCAGGGGUAGUAUUUGGAGUUCUGGUGUCGGUGGGCUUCAUAACAUUUGCGGCAGUCAUGUACCUUAGGAAGAAACGUGAAAGAGAUCUGGAAUAUCACCGCAAAACUAAAGUUCUAAAGCAGUCAUCACAGAGUGCCGGUGUUUAUGUUGAUACAACACAGGACUUUAUUUCCGGCCCAGCCAGGAACACUGAAAACAAAGGUCCGGAAUACAAACACCUGCAAAAAGAGUCCGAUAUCUACGAAAGUGAUUCCGAGGAUGAAUUGUGAUCUUCAAGAUUACGUUAAACAUGAAAUAUGGAAAGAGUGGGGCUGUACAAAAAGUGAAACUAUGUUUAAGGAUGACAGUAUGGGUUAAGGAUGUUAAUAUCAGUUCUUUUUUUAGUUGUAGCUGGGUUAAAAGUUAUCUACUUAUGUUGUAGCUAAAGUUUACUAAAUAUCGAAUAUGGUCAAAUGCUGAAAUAGAAAUGUAUUCUAUAAAGCAAAAGCCGGCCUUUGCAAAAAUACAACUUUGAACUUUAAUAUGCCUAGCAGAACGAAACUGAAAUAUUUAUUGGCCAAUUGCAUAAUUGUAUAGUUUGAAUAUAUCUCCAUGUUGAGAAAUUUCUAGGUAUCCUACAGUUUUAUCAAAUAGCAUAAACUUAAAUUCAUCUAGUAUUUAAAGGAUAUUAGUACUAGUAAUACUGAACGUGGAUGUUUGGGGUGGGGUGGGGGGGGGGGUAGCUGGGGGGCGGGUAUACAUGUAAUAGGUGCGCUAUGGUGUAAUAUUUAGAAUCUAUGUUUUUGGUUCUGAUGUUGUGGCUGUUUGUUGGGUAUAUGUUAUAGCUGUGGUGGUAAAAUAUUCAGCAUGGAUUUUGUGGGAAAUAUGUUAGGUGUAAUACGUGUUUGUGGGAAAUAUGUUAGGUGUGGGAAAUAUGUUAGGUGUAAUACGUGUUUGUGGGAAACAUGUUACAGAUGUGACGACGUGUAAUAUUUAGCGCGAGUGUUUGUGGGAAAUAUGUUGAACAUUCGUUGUAUAUUUUAUAUAAUCUUUUUGACUAAGUUCACCCAAAAACUAGUAUAAUACUAUCGCAUUUCCUAUUUAUACAGGAAGAGAAACUGUAGCCAGGAAACAAAGUGUCUAUAUCCAACAUUAACAACAUUAAAUAAUGUCUAUCUUAUUAAUGUUAUUUAACACAGUACAGACCUUUUUUUCCUGAGUUAAACCUUGGCUAACAUAAUUUCUGUAUGUAAAUAUAUUGGAAUAAUUAUACCAGAAAAUCAGUUUAUUUCCAUUGUUCAUGUAUAACAUAAUCAUAAAGACGACAAAUCAACCAACUGAGCUAUGUCCUAGUUGUAACAUCAUUUAAAUCGCAGUUUUGCUUGUGUUUUAAAGAAGACAGGAGGUGAGAGGAUAAUACCACAAUUGUUCAUAUAUUUAUAAAGAGAUGAAAAAUGUUCUAUUGUGCAUUCUUGGUAUUCUGCUAGAACUUUUUGUUCUCCAAAUAUUCUAUGCUUCUUCUAUUGUUCUUUGAAUUUUAUAUUCUACAAUAGAAGGCUAGACCUCAUUAUGACUAAAUGCAAAAUGUAACUAUUCAAAUGCUGAUAAAGUAAUAAAUCCUGUCAAAUUCCAUGUGAAAAUUGUACAUCUUCACAAGAAAUUCUUUUUUUUUUUUUUUUUUUUUGAGAAGACAAGAAUGUGACAGCAUAUGCAUUGUACAAUGGACCAAACAAAAUAACAUGCCAUCAAGAAUGAUACCGUUUGUAAAAUGUUUUUAUACUAAUCCAGAAAACUCUAGAAUACACACUUCAUGUAAUACUAUGACAGAUUUUAUAUGUAUAACCAGUCAUCUUGAAAUAUUCUGUGCAAUAAAUCAUAUACAUUUUGUUUCAA